GAACCUUCGACCCAGCAGACAAUUUCGAUCGACACAUUCUCGCGACCAUGUCUACCAGCAAGAUCAAGGCCGGCCAGCUGUGGUCGAAGAACCGCGAGGAUCUCACCAAGACCCUCGGCGAGCUCAAGACGGAGCUGGGCCAGCUGCGCAUCCAGAAGAUCGCCUCCUCUGGCACCAAGCUGAACAAGAUCCACGACCUCCGCAAGUCUAUCGCUCGCGUCCUGACCAUCAUCAACGCCAAGCAACGACACCACAUGCGCCUGUUCUACAAGAACAAGAAGUACCUGCCCCUCGACCUCCGCCCCAAGCAGACCCGUGCCAUCCGCCGCCGCCUGUCCGCUGAGGACGCCUCGAGAAAGCUGGAGAAGACCAAGAAGCGCAGCCAGCACUUCCCUCAGCGCAAAUACGCCAUCAAGGCCUCCGCAUAAAGUGGACAACGGUGUUGGCGCGGUUGAAGAUUUCUGGUAAUUCUUGAAGCAAGGCAAAAGGCAAAACGGGCUACAGGAUCGUUGGCGUUGUUUUUUCCCGAGAAUCCCAACAACAAAAAAGAAGAAGAGAAAGAGCAUCGAGAGAUCCUUCCCAUCACGCGAGUCUCGAAUUGGCAUCCACGUUCCAUCCAUCAUAGGGGCAAUUCUGUUUUCCGCUACUUCGGGUCAUCGGUGUUAUGAGGAUUAAACGACAGCAGAGCCCGGGGGAAUACUCUAGUCAGCAGAUAGCUCCAGAAAGAGAGCUCAAGUUGACAAACUACAACAUUCUCG